AUGCACACCUCCAGCAGCCUCAUUGUCAGCUUGCUCACGACUGCUGCUGCUGCACUGCCAGCUCCUCAGAACAAUCUGAACGCCUCUCUCGCCGACCCGAAUUACGGUCCGAUCCCUGGAGAGUCGAGAACUUAUGUCGAUUACAACAAGACCGCUGCUCCAUUCCCAGGAAACAUCACCGGUGCUAUACUGCCAACUGAGAGCGGACCUGCAGGACCAGACGACCUUCUUUUCCAGAAUCUGUUGAGCGCAGAAUGGGCAAUCUUCGACUUCUACCAACAAGGUGUUGAGACCUUCAACAGCUCCUCUUUUACGGAGUUUCGAUUGCCCAACACCACGUACGAUCGCGUGAUGCAGAUUCGCGACAAUGAAGCGGGCCAUCUGCGUAUCUUCCAGGAUAGCAUUAGUCCCACCAGCGUCAAACCUGGCUCUUGCACAUACGACUAUGGUUUCAAUGGCAACGCAAGUGUGUGGUUGGCUCUGCAAGUCAGCCUUGAAGUGAUCAGCAUGGCCUUCCUGACUGGUCUCGUUAGAGAAGCGACGACCACAGGCACCAUGAGUGCCCUAGUUGCUAUCAGCGAAGUAGAGUCACGACACAACACUUGGGCUCUUAUAGACGUUUGGAACACGAACCCGUUCUCUGGCCCCGCUGAUACCGUCUUCCCUUAUGCGAACGAGAUCCUUGACCUUACGCGCCAGUAUAUUGUGCCUGGCAGCUGCCCUGCCGCCAACCCAUCGUAUCCAUCACCCACGCAGAAAUUGCCCGCAGCGACCGCUAUUAUUGAAAAGGCAGAAGGACUCAUUCAAAUUCAGUUUACGGAUCCUCACAACCAACCUGACUGGUACUCGGAGCAAAGAGACAGACAAUACUACGCCGUUUAUUUCCAUGGCGUCCAUAACAUCACCAUGCCAUUUGAUACCAAGACUAACACUUCGGCUUACCCGAUGGAUUUUGAUGCCGGGGAAGGAAUUAUUGUUGCGGUGAUCGCGAAUGAAGUCGGUGCUCCGACUUUAGACAGCGUUGUUGCUGGCCCAGCGUUGAUCAUUGAGCAGCCUGCUUUCUAG